AUGGAAGACGCUCCCACCGUAGCAGUCAUAGGACUAGGACCGGCUGGCCUUGUAGCAUUAAAGAACCUGCGAGAAGAAGGAUUCCACGCCACAGGUUUCGACCGCAACGCCCACGUCGGCGGAUUAUGGCAGUACUCGGAGAAAGAGCAAACAUCGGUAAUGCAAACCACAACCGUAAACGUCUCAAAAGAGCGAUCGUGUUACACUGAUUUCCCUUACCCGGACGACGUACCGUCACAUCCAGCGGCCACGCAGGUUCAGCAAUACUUGACGGACUAUUCGAAGCAUUUCGGAUUGGAACCUUAUAUGCGGCUUAGUACUCGAAUCGAGCAAAUCACGUUCGAUGACGAGCGGGAGAAAUGGGUUGUAGAUGUGAAAGGUGGCGGGAAGGAGUACUUUGAUAAAGUCGUUGUAGCGAUUGGGGGUAUGGUUGGUAAGGCCAGUCUGCCAGUCAUAGAAGGCGUGGAAAAGUUUGCUGGACCUAGUGUUCACUCACAAGCUUUCAAGCGGCCGGCAGACUACAAGGGGAAGAGAGUCAUGUUCCCGCGGCGCAUAAAGGGUGUCCCGAUAGACCACACGCACAACCUACGUCUCGCCACCUUCCAAAGUCUCGUCAUAACAUACUUCCCUCGCCUCGGCGAGUUCCUCUUCGAUAAAUUUCUCAAGAAACUGCAAGACCAGAGUUUCAACAUCCGCCCUGAAUGGCGCUUCGAGCCCGCAAGUAAGGUACCAGUGGUAUCUGAUACGUUAGUCCCCUGCCUCGAGGACGGCAGCAUCACAUCAGUCGCAGGCAUCAAACGCAUUGUGAAUGCUACUGAGGUAGAGUUGCAAGACGGGACAAGGGUUGACGUGGACGCAAUAAUCUGGUGUACGGGCUACAAGUCCGACUUCAGCAUGAUCGAGCCGCGUUUCAAUCCUGAAUGUCGGCCUCAAGUGUGGCUCGACGCGCCGGGCUCGAAUGGGAAGUCGCUCUUCCGUCUCUACAAGAACGUGUUUUCACUCGAGAAGCCGGAUAGUCUGGCGUUCAUGGCUGCUGUACACAUAACGAUUAGUGGGUUUAAGAUUUUCGACCUGACAACCAUGGCUAUAGCGCAGGUCUGGGCGGGCAAAUCCUCUCUACCCUCACUUCCUGAUAUGAAGCUCGCUGUGGAUGAACACCACGUACAAUUAGCAGAGACGGCAAAGCGUGUUUACAACUUGUCGCCAGGGCAAUGUGAGACAGGUGACUGGGUCGCGGCCAUGGACGAUCUUGCCGGUACAGGUGUCAACGAGUACCUGGGAUACGGGUGGAAAGGCUGGCUGUUUUGGCUUCAGAACAGGAAGUUCUGCAAUCUGCUGAUGGGCGGGAUAUGGAGUCCGCACAUACAUCGCGUGUUCAGCAUGGGCAAGAGGAAGUGCUGGGAUGGGGCAAGGGAGGCGAUUGAGAGAGUAAACGAAAGUGUUGCUAAGAUGAGGAAAGAAGAGAAGAUGAAGAGUGGUUGA